AUGAAUCAUGAACUAGUUUUUCUAACAGUAUUACACGCAUCGGGAGGGUUGAAACCACGUCCAGAAAAACCAGUUUACAGUCCAUCGUUAGAAACAAAGCUAAGGCAUGAAUUAUUCAUGGGUUAUGAGGUGUUACAGAACCCUCGCGAGAACGUCAAAAUAUUUAUCAGGCUAACCAUUCUAACUGUCAACAACCUGAAUAUUAAAGACCAAGAACUAUCAAUAUCCGGAUACCUGUCUGUUGUUUGGCAGGAUUCUAGAUUAGACUGGUCAAACAGUUCCACUACCUCGGAAGACUUUACCAAUGUAAGAUUUCUCUUCACUACAGAGGAGUAUGUUUGGAGACCCGCGCUUAUCAUAGAAAACUCAGUUAAGGACAUAGGAAUUAUCAAUGAUAAAUCAAUUCCAAUGCGAAUUGUAAGUGAUGGAACUAUAGUUUGGAAUCCAUCGGGCAUAUACGAAGUAAACUGUGAAUCUGACAUUACGUACUAUCCAUUGGACACACAAGAAUGUACGGUAAAAAUAAGUUCCUGGGCAUACACAACAUCAGAUGUUUCAUUAGACUUUGAAGCUAAUCCUGUAGACCUCAGUUUCUUUUCAGCAAAUGGUGAAUGGGAUCUUGUUUCUGCAUCAAGUAGCAGAUCAAGGUUAAAAUCAAGAAGAGGAAUUUCGUUUUCAAGUUUGACUUAUUCACUCAAGCUCCAGCGCCGUCCGAUGUUUCACGUCAUUAACACGUUAUUCCCUGUUGCAUUGAUGGCAAUAUUAAUUGCUAUGGUUUACAAGCUACCGGCUAAAUCAGGACAGAAAAUAGGUUUCUCACUGACGGUUUUAUUAGCCUAUGCUGUAUAUUUGACCAUGAUUUCGGACAAUAUUCCUAGUACCUCUGUCAAUAUUUGUUACCUUUCUAUUUACCUUGUAUUGAUUCUUACAUUUGGAGCUGCAUCAGUUGUCCUUACAAUUUUUGUUUUGAGUGUACAUUUCAAAUCACAAGAAGAUGAAAUGUCAAAAUGGGUAAAAAACACGACAAAGAAAUGUCUUUUCAAAAUUGCUGGUAUGCAGAGUUGUUGUACCUGUAGCAGGAAUCAAAAUACAACAAAAGUCAAAGUUUUGAACCAAUCUACCAUUGCCAAAAUGGCAAACAAAUGUAACCCUCCAGUUGUUGAAGCAGUAAGAAUGAUGGACAAUAAGCUGACCUGGGAAAAGCUAUCCAAAAUAAUGGACAAAGUGUUUUUCAACAUUAACAUCGCCAUGAUUGUCAUAGUUACAGUCUUGAUGUUCUUAGCAAUAUUCGUUAAUUACUUCACUUCUUAA